UUUGUGUGAUGAUACCCUGGAAUGCAGUCUCUUGAAAAUAAUCUUUUAUUGCUCCUGUUUUGUUGUGCUGUUAAAGUGGAAUCCUGCUAUGGCGGAAGCCAAGAACAUUGAAUCUUUCAAGUGGGGUAAGAAGAGAGGGAUUGGCGGGAGAAACAAAGCGGUUCAAUUUUACGAAUCGUUUACUUAUGAUGGUCUCGAUUACACUCUUUACGACAGUGUUUAUCUCUACAAGGAAGACCAGCCAUUGCCUUAUAUCGGCAAACUUAUCAAAAUUUGGGAGAAUCCUGAUAAAGCCAAGUGGGUUAAGGUUUUAUGGUUUUUCCGACCUUCCGAGAUCUCGGUUCAUCUUGUCGAUGAGUCGACUGAGCCCAAUGAAGUCUUUUUGGCAUCCGGUGAAGGAAAGGGCCUAGCUAACGUUAACCCCUUGGCGACGAUUUCCGGAAAAUGCAAUGUAGUUUGCAUCUCAAAGGAUAGAAGAAAUCCACAACCCUCGGAUCAAGACCUCCAGAUGGCUGACUUUGUAUUUUAUCGAACUUUUGAUGUUGAGCAAUGUAUUAUCGGGGAUAAGUUUGUCGAUAAAAUUGCUGGAAUUGAUGUUAAGUUCAUUUUUAACCAAAUGUGUUCUCUGAAGCACUCUCCUAUUCAUAACUCUGUUGCGGACGAUACAUGUGCCGGUGAGACUGCUAAGGCGAUAAGCAAAGAGAACGAAGACUUGAAAGUUGAUGAGAAAUUGAAGUCCACUGAGAAUUUGGGCGAGUUAGAUGAGAGGUCACAUAAGAAAGUAAAGCUAGAUUGUUCUGUGAAAGUCUCCAAUGAGAAGAACAAGAAUGGACUUACGCCAAACCGGGAUUCCGAUCGAAAUGAUUCUGAAGAUAAAUCGAGAUGUGGUACAAAUCCUAAUGGGACAUCAGAAAACUCUUCGACAGAGCCGAAGGUGGAUGAUGAACUCACAAAACCUUCUUCAAGGCAUCCGAAUGAUGGCAUCGAAACCGAUGGAGAUGAAGCAUCGGAAGUUGCUGAUAGAGCUGAUUUUGUAAGCGGUGUUUUGCAGUUUCCUCCUGCUUUCCUUUCCUUUUGUCUUUCCCUUGGAACGUGGAGUUCUAAUGCACAUCAAGGUAAAGAUCAUUGGGGUUGAAAUUUAUAUAGAACUUCGUCCAAUUCGAACCAUUUCUUUGGCUUGGUUCGAUCCAUGCAGGCUCUCGAGGACGAUAUUUUAUCGUUAAUAUGGUUGAAUUAACAAGGGUCCUAGGUAUAUAC